AUGUAUAUUAAAAGUAUUGUACUUGACGGUUUUAAGUCCUAUGGUUCUAGAACGGAGAUAAACGGAUUUGACCAAGAAUUUAAUGCCAUUACUGGUUUAAAUGGUACAGGAAAAUCUAAUAUAUUAGAUUCUAUUUGUUUUGUUUUGGGAAUAAGUAAUUUGACUCAUGUAAGAGCAAGCAAUUUGACUGAUUUGAUUUAUAAAUGUGGACAGGCUGGAGUAACUAAAGCCUCUGUUACUAUUGUUUUUGAUAACAAAGAUACUAGCAAAAGUCCUAUAAAUUAUGAACAAUAUGAAGAGAUCACUGUUACCAGACAAAUUGUUGUUGCUGGUAAAAACAGGUACAUGAUAAAUGGAUCGUCAGUCACUAACAAAGCAGUGAAUGAUUUUUUUAGUUCUGUGCAGUUGAAUGUCAACAAUCCUCAUUUUCUAAUUAUGCAGGGGCGAAUUACAAAAGUUUUGAACAUGAAGCCUCCAGAGAUACUAUCAAUGAUUGAAGAAGCUGCUGGUACCAGAAUGUACGAAAACAAAAAACAUGAUGCCCAGAAAACUAUUGAAAAAAAGGACGGAAAACUGAGAGAAAUUGAUGGUAUGGUUACUGAACAGAUUAAUCCGAAACUACAACGGAUGAAAGAUGAGAGGAAUCAGUACGUUGAAUAUCAAAGGGUUCUCAAGGAACUGGAUCAACAUACUAGGUUGUAUGUUGCCUGGCAAUUUUGUAAAACAGAGGAUGAAGUUAAAAAUAGAAAAAAAGACAUGGAAUUUACCCAAAAUGAAUUGAACUCAGUUAAAACAACAAUUGCAGAAUUGAAAGUAGAAAUUGAAAAUAAGGGAAAAGAAAUUGGCGAAUUGCAAGUAAAUCGUGAUCAGGAAUGUGGAGGAAAACUAAAAGAGCUUGAGGGUCAUUUGAAAGAGGCUGAACAACUAGAAGCAAAAGCUUCUGCAAAAGUUAAGAGUGCUAAAGAAACCUUAUCAGCUGACACAAAACACUUAAAGCAGUUACAGAAAAACAUCGAUGAUGAUGCAAAAGCUUUAAACCAAAAAAAUGAAGAACUAUCAAAAGUCCAGGCCAUUUUUGACAAUUUACGCGAAGCUGAUAAACAAGAUGCUGAAGCGCUAGCUGCAGCUCAAAAGAAGUUUCAGGCUGUAAGUUCUGGUCUGUUGGAGAGUGAAGAUGGCGAAAAUGCUACAUUACAAGAUCAGCUGAUGGUCGUAGAACAGCAACUGACUGAAGCUGAAAGAGAAAUAAAGAAAUGUACUCUACAAAUGCAACAAGACAAAAAAGAGUUUGAUACUAAAAGACCUUUAUUAAAAAAAACUGAGAUGACCUUUGCUAAGGAUCAGAAAGAAUUGGAUGAGAAAGAAAGAGAACUGACUUAUCUAAGACAAAGUCUAUCAAAAGUUGAUUAUCAAGAUGGACAACUAGAAUCUCUUCAGGAACAAUAUAGAACAGUUUCAAAUGAGUAUAGGUAUUGCUCAGAAAAUUUUAAUGAAUUCGCCCACAGAUGUUCAAGAUUGAAUUUUCAAUACAGAGACCCUGAACCAAACUUCAAUCGUAACAAAGUUAAGGGUUUGCUUUGUAAAUUAUUUUCUGUCAAGCAUGAACGAUAUGCUAGAGCUUUAGAACAAGCUGCCGGAGGAAGGUUGUAUAAUGUUGUCGUUGAAAAUGAACAAAUUUCUGCCAAAUUAAUUGAAAAUGGGAAGUUAAUGAAAAGAACUACAUUUGUACCCAUGAAUAAAAUACAAGGACAAAGAAUGGAUCAACAAAUCAUUCGAAGGGCACAACAAGAAGUUGGUGCAGAAAAUGUCUUUUUAGCCCAAGACUUGGUCGAGUAUAGCAGUGAAUAUGAAAGUGUGAUGGCAUGGACAUUCGGACAAGUUUUUAUUUGUACUACGAUUGAUGCAGCUGAAAGAAUUUCAUCAGUAGUACGACGGAAGGCAAUAUCCCUUGAUGGUGAUGUUUUUGAUCCUAGUGGAUUGAUUUCUGGAGGUGCUGUUGAACGAAGUGAACCUGUACUGGUGACAGUUAUAGAAUUUAAAAAGGCAGAAAAAACUCUUGCUUUGAAGAAGAAAGAAUUGGACGCUCUCAGUGAACAACUUCAGAGAUUGGGUCCCAUUGCUCAAAAUUAUGAACAAAUGAAGGAAAGGGUGGUUAUACGAGAGCGAGAAGUUGAAAUGUUAAGGGCACGCCUGGAACAGACUUCUCACUAUCAGCUACAGACUGAAAUUAAAGCUCUUGAGGCAGCAAUUGAUAAAAAUCAGGCUCUAAUCCAAGAUUACAAGAAAGAAAUUAAGGAAAAGUCUGCUAAGGCAUCCGAGCUGAAUAAUAAAAUGAAGAACAUUAAAUCUGUGAGAGAGAAGGAAUUAUCAAAUGCAGAAUCAGAAUUAAAAAGGAUAAAGAAAAAAGCAGAGGAUAGUAGAAAUAAAUGGAAACAGAGGGAACAGGAAUUUGAAACACUGAAUUUGGAAAUACAAGAAUUGGAAAAAUCAGUGCAAAAUGGAAAGGAUCAACUUGCUAAAUUUCAAGAAGCGUUUGCUUCUCGUGAAGAAGAACUAAAAGAAUUGCAAGAAGAAUUGUCUAAACUUCAGGAAAAUGUUAAACAAAGGAAAGGCAUGGUUAAAGAGCAAAAGGAUGAAAUAGCACAGAAGAAUUCAGAAAUUCAAAAUGCUAUUUCGGAGAGAGACAAGCUAACCGAGCGAAUGAAUGGUUUUGAUUUAGUUGUUAUUUCAGGAGGUCAUACAAUUGAAAAUAUUAAGAAGGAUAUCAGUGAGCUAACCUCUAUGCUUAAUGACUUGCAAAAGAAACACAAAUGGUUAGAAACUGAUAGAGAAUACUUUGGACAAUUCAAUGGAAAAUAUGAUUUUAAUACUAACGAUCCCCAAGCUUCAGGGGCUAAGUUACAAAAAUUAAGAGAAGCCAAAGAAAAACUUGGAAAGCAUGCGAGUGCCAAAUCUUUAGACAUUCUUGGAAGUCAAGAGGAACAGUUUCAAGAAGUGAUGGACAAGAAGACGAUUAUUGAAGAAGAUCGGUCUAAGAUAUUGUCAGUCAUAGAGGAAUUAGAUGUAAAGAAAGAAGAGGUCAUUCGCAGAGCUUGGGAUAAAGUAAAUCACGAUUUUCAUUCUAUUCUCAGCUCUCUACUUCCGAGCGCUCAGGCCAAGUUGAAACCAGUUGAUGGCAAGGAUUUCAUGCAAGGUCUCGAGGUGAAAGUUGGCUUUGGAGGAAUUUGGAAAGAUAGUUUGGACGAACUGAGCGGUGGACAAAGGUCUCUCGUGGCACUUUCUCUUAUUCUGGCGAUGCUGUUAUUUAAACCUGCUCCGCUCUAUAUUCUAGACGAGGUGGAUGCUGCUCUCGAUCCAUCCCACACUCAAAACAUUGGACAAAUGUUAAAAGCUCACUUUAAGCAAUCUCAGUUUAUAGUUGUGUCUUUGAAGGAUGGAAUGUUUAACAACGCAAAUGUCAUUUUCCGUACGAGCUUUGUAGAUGGAGUGUCUUGUGUCACAAGAACAACGAAUACAGGGAAACGAUAG